GCUCUCUUGGCUUUUCCUGUGGAGAGUGAGGUUUGGCUGCCACCAAAGUUACUUCCAGUCCCCGCUGUCCCUUCUGCCUUCAGUCUGGACCUGCCUGGGGACCCUGGCAUUCAGCCUCUCCAUGCAGAGCAGGUCCCAGGGAGCCCCAGCCAACUGCUCUCAGUUCCUUCACUAUCUGCCUGCCUCCAGCGGCUUAUGGAGCACUGUCCUGCCCAGUUCUGCUAAAAUGCUUCUGGCCUCUCCCUCCACCCCGUCCCGGGGACGGACCCCCAGCGCCGUGGAGAGGCUAGAGGCCGACAAAGCCAAGUAUGUCAAGACGCACCAGGUGAUCGCGCGACGUCAGGAGCCGGCUCUGCGUGGGGGUCCCGGGCCGCUCACCCCGCACCCUUGCAACGAGCUGGGGCCCCCUCCAUCGCCCAGGACGCCCAGGCCCGCCCGCCGGGGCAGUGGCAGGCGACUGCCAAGGCCUGAUUCCCUCAUCUUCUACCGCCAGAAGCGGGACUGCAAGGCUUCGGUGAACAAAGAGAACGCCAAGGGUCAGGGGCUGGUGCGGCGCCUCUUCCUGGGCAGCCCCCGAGACGUCGCCUCGAGCAGCGCAGGCUCAUCGGAGCGACCCGCGGCUUCCGGGGGUUGGGCCGCGCCCCAAGAUGCCCCAGAAGCGGCGGGAAAGCGGGCAUUGUGCCCCACGUGCUCGCUGCCCCUGUCGGAGAAGGAGCGCUUCUUCAACUACUGCGGCCUGGAGCGCGCACUCGUGGAGGUGCUGGGGGCCGAGCGCUUCUCUCCGCAGAGCUGGGGCGCCGACGCCAACCCCCAGCCCGGAACGUCCCCGCCGCCGGGCUCCGGAGACGCCAGCGACUGGACGUCCAGCGAAGGCGGCGGAGAUCGCCGGGACGGUGCGGAGGGCGGCGGCUCAGAGGCGGCGGGCUCGGAGCGCGAUGGGCGCCCCCAGGUGUCGGUGGUGGAGCGCAACGCGCGCGUCAUCCAGUGGCUGUACGGCUGCCAGCGCGCUCGCGGGCCACCGCGCGAGUCCGAGGUGUGACCGCCGCCGCUCGGGGGCCGGCUCUCCUGGAGUUGGGGGUCCGGGGAAGGGCAAGGAGCGGGCGCGGGGCUGGACCCGGGCAAGGGCAGGGACUCCCUGCCUCACGCGUCGAGUGCUUUGGGGCAAGCCCUUCCCUCUGGAUCGCGGCGUCCACUCAUGAACCUUCGGAGCUUGGGACCAAAGGGUCCCGUAGGCCCUUCCCAACGCAGACUCAGGACGGGGAGGGAGCCGGCCUCGCGGCCCCUGUGGAGGCCGGGAGGCGAGUGAAGACUGGGGUGGGAGAUCAGAGAACCUGCUGAAUAAAGUCAAAACGUUCUUUAACGGACUCGGAAGGUUGGAUUACAGGGCAGACGCGCGAGGGUUUUGGAGUGUGGCUUCCAGACUGACUGUGUGACCCUGGGCCAGCUCUCCGCCUCUGGGAACCGCAACGACAUCCCCUCGGUUGAUCAAAGUAUUUUUGAAAUGGUCACAAAGAGCUUGGCAAAGUUGAGGAAGUGCUAAGUAAACGAAGCCUCUAGCACCACUACCGAAUUAAUAUAAUACUAACAGUAACACUAUUAUGAUAAUCUCUGCCAUUGACCGGCCCCCACCACAGGGGUGGGGUCCAAACUAUUUCGGGGAAUAGAGCCUUUGGGGAGGUUGGGGGAGAGGUCUGCUCCCAGAAAUCUGGGGUUCACUAGUCCCUGAAGGCCCCCAUUCCUGGAGUUUUGCUGCCCAUUUUGGUUACGAGGUAUGAAGGGCUGAAAUGUGGUGUUUCCAGAAUCAGGAUAAUAAAGGACUUUUCAAGCCAGGA